GAUCCGGAAAGUAAAAGGCCUCCCGCGGGUUGAGGGCGAGAUAAUAUGUAGUCUUCAGAUGUGAUUGGAAUGUUUAAAAUUUAAAGGAAACUCUUAGGAAAUACGUGUAAUAAAAUAAAGGCUGAUACAUUCUUUGUAAUAUUUGAUAACUCGGUGGAGAUAUAAAGGACUAGUUAAUGUGACGGAGUGAUAUGUGUGAGCGCACUCUGUCAGUCGUGCUAUUUUUUGGAAACGUGUCCGGUUGUGAAACACGGCGGUUUAGUAAGUGUAUGCUAGCUGAGAGUUAGCCCUGUUCUGUGGCCUGGACUCUGGAGGCUCUGACAGGGGAAAAAGAGGACACAUCGGGUCACGAUUUCCUCAUAAGUUACAAUAAUAAAUAUAUAUAAAUAUAUUUUUUUGUAAUUAGUAAUGUAUAUGUUUAGUGGUGGGGACAUGUAUCGAGUAAUGGACCGAACAGUUCAGGACUGAAGCCCGCUUCUGUCCAGGUCUUCAGCAGGAACUAGGUGAGGAACACAAGCCAUUAACGCUGCAGGAGAGAAAGAGCGAGAACGAAGAUGGAGCUUCUGCCUUCCGGGAAUAAUCAGCUCAGUGUGAGCGGCUCGGAUGCAGACUCGGACACGCCGGAAGAAGAGGAGCCGGCCUGCGUUCAGAGGAACACCGAGCAGCCGCGGAGAGCGCAGAGGGGGACCGGUGCCCCGGGGCCGCCUAUCGGUCGCGUCGUGGCCGGCGGAGUGACCGGGGCGAGACCCGGCAAAAAGACCCGCGGGAGGGUGAAAAUUAGAAUGGAGUAUAUAGACAACAAGCUGAGACGGUACACCACCUUCAGCAAGAGGAAGACCGGUAUCAUGAAGAAGGCAUACGAGCUUUCCACCCUCACCGGGACUCAGGUGCUGCUCCUGGUGGCGAGUGAGACGGGUCACGUGUACACGUUCGCCACGAGGAAGCUUCAGCCAAUGAUCACGAGUGAGACGGGCAAGGCACUGAUCCAGACGUGUUUAAAUUCCCCUGACUCUCCACGCUCGGACUUGGCCACCGAUCAGAGGAUGAGCGCCACGGGCUUCGAAGAGACCGACCUCACCUAUCAGGUCACAGAGAGUGACGGCAGCACAGAGGAAAUGGUCAAGUCUGCAGGAACUGCUUUACCGAGCAGCAGUGUAGAGACUCCAUCCACUUCCUCUGUUCAGUCAGAGAGUAGCGGCCCCUCUGCUACCACCUGCUGGUCAGUGUCUAACGGUACCCUGGUGAAGACUACCUCUGCAGCCGGAGUAGUGCAGCUCCCCGCUGGAUUCACUUUUGUGUCUGGUGCAUCAGUGUCUAAGCAGCUUCAAUCGACUGAGAGCAGUGAAAUGCAGAAUUUCAGCAGCACAGCUGGAAAUCACUCCGCCGUGAUCGCGUCCUCGAUAGCAGGACACGUGAUCUGCCCGAGCGCGGUGAUGUAUGCUAACUCCACCUCCACGUUAACAGAUCACACACACGUGGUUUCACAGGAUACAUUUCCUCAGAUGUUCCUUACAUCUAAUGGAACGGUUCAGAUUCCUGUCUCUGCUGUUCCACUGCAUUCGAUGUUGAUCAAUCAACAGAACUCUGGCGGCACACACACACUGACAGAGUUACGUGGGGUCAACAUGGACAAUUGCAAAACGGAGUGAAGUGUGUGCAUGUGUGUGUAAUGGACCGAGUGGCUUUUCAGCAAAAGCAAAAUAUUUAAUUUUUUUUUCAUCUCUUCUCCUAUUGUUUCUUCAGUUCUGCUACACUCGCAUGCGCACAAACUUUCACACUGCACAUAACAUUUUUUUUUUUUUUAUAAAUUCCAGACCGAUCUCCAAAACUGUUUUGUAAGGCGCUCGUCACCUCCUUCAAUCCCUCUCUUUCUUUCUUUCUGUGUCUGUUUGUGUUCGUGUUGAAUGAUGUUCCUCCUCAUGCUCACAUGACAGCAGAUUCCAGUAAGGUCUGAAAUUUCAUCAGACAGACUCUGAGGUAUUUCACUCAGACCCCCAAACCCCAAGCUUUAUCAUUACGUUGACACAAAACAUCCACGUGGACAUUCCACGCCACAUGCUACGACUCAUAACGCCACCCUUUUAAAAAAAACAACAAAAAAAACCCACACGUGAACAAAUGUGCGAAACCAAACUUGCAGCUCAGCUGAAGUUCAGUCAGCUGGAAUUCUAUUGCAGCCCAAUAAAACUGAUAUGAUGCUGAGAAUUAUUUAUCCCACAGCGUCUUUACUGUAAACCCCGACGCUCUACACUUUACACUUGUUGUACACGUCGCACGUUAGACUCCACUGUACAUUUUAAACACAUUCUUUAUACUCAACGUUUCACACGAUGCACUUGACACAAUGGAAACAUUGAAAAAUGAAUGAAGUUCAUGUACUGUUGGGGGGAAAGAUUAAGUUUGAAUGCAUCGUUAGUCGGUUUCUAUUUAUUUAGUCCAAUUAUGGGUGAGUGGAAAAUGAUCAUAGACGAUGCUUUUAACGGAGGUGUGAAAUUGAAACUCGACUGUUUUUAGUGUUUCGGAAAGUCGUGCAGCUUUUACUGCAAAGCGUAUUGUGGAACUUUUUAAUGUUUAAAAAAAAAAAUCAUGUUUUGAUGCAGUAGAGGGGAAAAAACAAGCAAUGUUUGUGUUCAUUUAUGCAUGUUAAUUAAAAAAAAUUGUAAAAUGAUCAAUCCGACUGAGCAGCUGAUGCUAGAGGAAGGCGUUGGUUAGAAUUGAUUUGUUCAUGUAGACUAAAUGAGCGCAGGAGCAUUUUCCAGGUUUGGUGCUUAAUUUUAUUUCUGCAGUUUCUCACACGCUGUGUUUAGCUGCGGCGGUGUGUCUCGUGCCACUCGGAACCUACAGCAUGUUUUUGCGGUUGUUCAGUAGAUUAGUGUUUGCAUAAAUACCUGCUCAAUCGAGCCCAAUCAUCGCUUUGCUGGUUGCCUAUUUAUACACGUUUGAGACACAGGUUGUGUGUGUGUGUGUGUGUGUGUGUGUGUGUGUGUGUGUGUGUGUGUGUGUGUGUGUGUGUGUGUGUGUGUGUGUGUGUGUGUGUGUGUGUGUGUGUGUGUGUGUGUGUGUGUGUGUGUGUGUGUGUGGUUUAUAUGAGACGAAAUAUAAUACAAUUCUUUGUAUUCUUUUUUCACAAAUAUCCUUGAAUUUUACGCACUGCUCAAAGUUUACUGAAUAUGUAUUUUUAUAUCGGAAUUUUCACCAUUGCGAUCUCUACACAUUUCUAAGAAUUAAAGUGACUUUAAUGCCAAA